AAUAUUUAUUGAUUUUUUUUUUUUUUUUUGAAACUACUUUAUGAUACCUCAUAUGACAUAGGGUCCGGACUGAGUUUACAGAGAACUCACCCUCUGAAAUUUUCAAAGUCCCAACUUUCUCUUUCCAUUUCCUGAAUAAAAUAAAUAAUAAUAUUAUAUUAGGGAGUCCUAAACCUAUACAAUUAUAUUCUUGAGAUCUUUUCCUCCUGAGUUGCUCAGACCAUCAAAUCAUAUAUAUAUAUAUAUGCUCAUAAGUUGCUUUGGUGUUCGUCACACAAGGAUACUUCUUCAGUAUUGGGCUUCACUGUUUUUUCCUUGGGAAAAGUCAGUGCCCUGGAAUAUUUAAACUUAUUUUCGCUUGAAGAAGAGUUGAUCUUGCUUUGUGAUCCACACUGAUUUCGGGUUUCUUGUGCUAUUCACAGAAAACCCAAAUCGACCGUUGAAACUUUUCAGGGAAAACCUCUGUUACCAUGAUUUGCUCCGUGAAGCAAUUUUCACCGAUGACCACUGCUGGAUCAGAAAUAUUUCUUCGGCCCAAAUCUCGGUCACCGAUACAGCAGUCUCUGCUGUUACCAUCUCUAUUAAUUGAGAAACCGAAGCGAUCAUCCAUCUCGGUGCAGAAACCUCUGCAUGUUUCCAUGGUAGGUGACUCUAAUGGAGGUUUUGGGUUUUUGAAAGCUCGGAGGAGUUCGAUCCAAUGCGAGGCUUAUGAGGCGGACAGAUCGGAACCGAUCGAGACUAAUAUCGAACUGCCAAAGGCCGAGGGGCCAUCUGAGGCGGCAAAGAAACUCAAGAUCGGUAUCUACUUCGCUAUGUGGUGGGCUUUAAACGUGGUCUUCAAUAUUUAUAAUAAGAAGGUCUUGAAUGCUUACCCGUAUCCAUGGUUGACAUCGACUUUAUCUCUCGCUUGUGGAUCUUUGAUCAUGUUGAUCUCUUGGGCUACGAGGAUCGCUGAGGCCCCGAAGACUGAUUUUGAGUUUUGGAAGGCUUUGUUCCCUGUUGCUGUGGCACAUACAAUUGGGCAUGUAGCAGCAACUGUGAGUAUGUCAAAGGUUGCUGUGUCUUUUACUCAUAUUAUCAAGAGUGGGGAGCCUGCUUUCAGUGUAUUGGUUUCAAGGUUCUUGCUGGGUGAGAGCUUCCCAAUGCCAGUUUAUUUGUCCCUCAUCCCCAUCAUUGGUGGUUGCUCACUUGCUGCUUUGACUGAGCUAAACUUCAACAUGAUUGGUUUCAUGGGUGCUAUGAUAUCAAACUUGGCAUUCGUCUUCAGAAACAUUUUCUCAAAGAGGGGCAUGAAGGGGAAGUCUGUCAGUGGAAUGAACUACUAUGCUUGUUUAUCUAUUUUAUCUCUAGUAAUUCUCACGCCCUUUGCAAUUGCGGUUGAGGGGCCACAGAUGUGGGCAGCGGGAUGGGAAAAGGCCUUUCCUCAGCUUGGAUCUCAAUUGCUUUGGUGGAUGGUAGCCCAAAGUGUGUUUUAUCAUCUGUACAACCAAGUUUCGUACAUGUCUUUGGAUGAGAUCUCUCCUUUGACUUUCAGUGUUGGUAACACCAUGAAACGUAUUUCAGUCAUUGUAUCCUCCAUCAUCAUCUUCCACACACCCGUCCAGCCUGUCAAUGCUCUUGGAGCUGCUAUUGCAGUCUUUGGUACCUUCAUAUAUUCUCAGGCAAAGCAGUAGAAGAUUGAGACGGAGAAACAAAGUAUAUUUAUAUUUUGUUCAUGUAAGAUAAAAAUCUUGGAAGGGAGUUUCUUCAAGAACUGGUGAAGACGCUUAUAGUAAUGGUAGAGUUUCUUUUCCAGAUCCACAAUUGGCGGAUUCUCGUUCGGAUGCAUCGAUAGUCUCGUGUUCUUGUAGAUAAGCAAUAAUAAAGAGAUUGAGAACACCAUUUAUGCUUUUUUUUUUUAUAUAUAUUUUCUUUUUUUCUUUUGUUAUACAAGUAAUUAGUUAGUUUAUUUUUCAAAUAAGAGAAUAAUCUCUCAGACA